AUGCUGUCCGUCCAGCGCUCGUCUCAGCACUCGGGAAAGUGCACGCCGAAUCUGCUGCCCUGCCGAAUCGACCAUAACGGACCUGUGAAUGCUGCCGAUCGGUAUUGGCGACCAGAAGAGCAAAACGAUGGAAAACAAAUAGCCCAUUUCCGCGGCCGCAAAUUACUUGGGCGCAAACUGCCACUCCCCGACGGCUACAGAGGUGCUGUGUUGAGCAACACGAACAGGGUUCUUCCGCAAGCCGAUACUGGCCGCGAAAAUGGGGCGUCCGAGGAAGGCGAAGACCAGCGAAUCGAGGUGCGCGUGAUGGAAGAGGUUGGAGAAUUCGACGAAGUGGUGGUAUGGGGACACGAAGUUGCGCCAGACGAGAUCGAGGAUGCCUACUCCAAGGGCAUUGGCGAGUGGAUAUCCUUCGCCGAAAGCAUCCAUGCGACGCCCAAGCCAGACGAUUCUUCCAGUGCCUCAGGGCAGAAUCUGCACCGCUAG